CACAUUUCUGAGGCGUCGUCUUCCCUUUUUCUCCCUUCACUUCGACUCCAUCUACACACCGGCCGGUGAUUCUUUCGAUUUCAUCAUCACCCAAGCCCUACAUCGUCUACUUUCCGAUCUCAAGAUGGUGUCAGAUGCGAGCAAAAAGAAGGCGCUCCAGAAGAAGGCAGCAGCUGCUGCCAAGAGAGGAGGCAAGGCAGCGGCCGCCGCCACUUCGGCUAAGGCGGCGGCAGUCGGUACGAUGAACGGGAGCUCCAGUUCGGAUAACUUGUCCAAUGGGAUGGGGUCUCUUGUGAUUUCCGAUCGUACUUGUACUGGAGUUCUUUGUUCUCACCCGUUGUCUAGGGAUAUUCGGAUAGAGUCUCUGUCUCUUACCUUUCAUGGACAUGAUCUUAUUGUUGAUACGGAGCUGGAGCUCAACUACGGGAGACGAUAUGGUUUGCUUGGGUUGAAUGGCUGUGGAAAAUCUACUCUUCUUACUUCAAUUGGAUGCCGAGAACUUCCUAUCCCAGAGCACAUGGAUAUAUUCCAUCUCACCAGAGAGAUUGAUGCUUCUGAUAUGUCUUCCCUCGAGGCUGUGAUGAAUUGUGAUGAAGAGAGGCUGAAAUUGGAAGCAGAGGCUGAGCGCUUGGCUGGACAGGAUGAUGGUGGGGGAGAAGCACUUGAACGUGUCUAUGAACGUUUGGAUGCUAUGGAUGCAAACACUGCAGAGAAGCGUGCAGCUGAGAUUUUGAAUGGUCUUGGUUUUGACAAGAAGAUGCAAGCAAAGAAAACACGAGAUUUCUCUGGUGGUUGGAGAAUGCGAAUUGCUUUGGCACGUGCUCUGUUUAUGAACCCAACCAUCUUGCUACUGGAUGAACCCACAAAUCAUCUUGAUCUUGAGGCCUGUGUGUGGCUGGAAGAAACCCUUAAAAACUUUGAGCGCAUACUUGUGGUGGUCUCACAUUCUCAAGAUUUCUUGAAUGGUGUCUGUACCAACAUAAUACACAUGCAAAGUAAGAAGUUGAAGAUGUAUACUGGUAAUUUUGACCAAUAUGUUCAAACUCGGUCAGAACUGGAAGAGAAUCAGAUGAAACAGUACAAAUGGGAGCAGGACCAAAUUGCUGGUAUGAAAGAGUACAUUGCUCGGUUUGGACACGGGUCUGCUAAGCUUGCUCGUCAGGCACAGAGCAAGGAGAAGACUCUAGCCAAAAUGGAGCGUGGUGGUCUGACCGAGAAGGUUGCUAGGGAUAAGGUUCUGGUUUUCCGAUUUGUUGAUGUGGGCAAGCUUCCUCCACCUGUCCUUCAGUUUGUAGAAGUUUCUUUUGGUUAUACACCUGAUAACCUCAUCUACAAGUGCCUUGACUUUGGGGUUGACCUCGACUCUCGUGUGGCGUUGGUGGGACCCAAUGGAGCUGGUAAGAGUACACUGCUGAAGCUGAUGACAGGGGAACUGGUUCCUCUUGAUGGCAUGGUGAGGCGUCACAACCACUUGAGGAUUGCCCAAUACCACCAACACUUGGCUGAAAAACUGGACCUGGAUAUGUCUGCUUUGUUGUAUAUGAUGAGGGAGUAUCCGGGAAACGAAGAAGAGAAGAUGAGGGCAUCCAUAGGAAGAUUUGGUCUGACGGGUAAAGCCCAAGUGAUGCCGAUGAAGAACUUGUCAGACGGACAAAAGAGCCGUGUGAUAUUUGCGUGGUUAGCGUUUAGGCAACCCCAGAUGCUGCUUUUGGAUGAGCCCACUAACCAUUUGGAUAUCGAGACGAUUGACUCAUUAGCUGAGGCACUGAACGAGUGGGAUGGUGGAUUGGUGCUUGUUAGCCAUGACUUCAGGCUCAUAAACCAGGUGGCUCAUGAGAUAUGGGUGUGUGAAAACCAAGCUGUAACCAGGUGGGAAGGUGAUAUUAUGGGGUUCAAGGAGCAUUUGAGGACCAAGGCUGGUCUAUCUGGUUAGAAUGGGAUGAGUAUUCUGAUAGGCUCCAUAUUAUAGCAGCCAGGGUCAAGUCCUUAUGAUGGCAACAUGGGGCAAGGAUUGGCAGUCUGCUUUGCUGUACAUGGUGAGGUGGACUAGGACUAUAAAGAGGAUGAUGGGCUUUGUGAAAUUUUGGGGGGCCUUGAACCUUUUUUGGUGGCCUCUAGGUUUGUUUUUCUUGCACUAUAAUAUUUUGAACUUACUUUACCAACAAGAAACCAACUAUUGAUUGUUGCUACGAUUUUAUUCAAGAGUGUAAUCACCAACUUCUAAGUAGUAUUUGGAUCUUAUUGAUUUCUAUGUGCCACAAUUGGAGUUAUUUUAUUAUUAUUUUAUAUGCU